CACGUGGUUUUGUUGCUGUAAUACAUUGAAUACAUCGGCUCUCUAAAUGAGCUAUAAAUGAUUGUCACAAAAAUGUAAACAUGAUUUAUUGGACAAUGUACAAUAAUAUGAGUACGAAAUGUGAAUGUUUUGUAAAAUAGAUAAUUGAGAAAAGAUAUGUCACGUGAUUCAAAGCAAUGAAUUUUUAUAGUUUACUAAUCAUUCAUGGAUCGAGCGUGACAGUUCGUUACCAAACAUUAAAAAGAUCUAUUAUACAAAUGUUAUUCGUUAAAACAUAUAUUUGUUCGAAAGAUGUUUUACAUUAAACCUCCUACAGGACAAGUAUCGCUUCAUGUUUUAGAAAAAUGCGUUCUCGCUAGGUUAGAAUAUUUACAGUUACUGUAUCAGGCUAAAGCUCAUGAAUUUAACGGUAACUUUGAAUAUUUAUUAGAAAAUUCAGCGUACGAUAAAAUUGGACAUUUUUCAAUGCGUUUAUUAGCAUCCGCGUCAUACGAUCUAUGGAAUUAUUGGAUUCCCAGGGAAAUCCUAUUAUUCCAGAAUAGACUGCACCAUAUUUUACCUAGACAAUUACACAGAUUAUUAAGAAGUAUCAUACGUCAACUAAGAUUACUAGGAGAUAAGGACAAAUUAAUUCAUAGAACAUUAAUUGAUAUAUGUACUUUUUUAUUAAAGCAAUCUAUUUUCAAACAUCUUAUAUCAAAAGAUCAUAAAAUAGAUUGCAGUAGUUUUCAAACUAAAGUGAGAUUUGAAUUAGUGCCAGACUUAAUAAAGGGAAGAAAAUUAGAUUUGAAUGCUGGAUAUGCUAUUGUACAUUGUUCUAAAUGGAAAGAAAUACUCCAGUCGCUAUUUUUUACGUACAUGACUAUGGAGGUGAAGUGUAUGAAAUCAAAAGCACAAUACACUAUAAAUCAUGAUGUUAGAAUCGAUUAUUUAUAUCAAAAGAUCCACUGCCAAAUAUUUCAAAGAAGUUAUGGAUGCGGACGCGUAACCGUAGAGAAUAUAGACAAUGAAGCAAGAAAUUUUCCACUUUGUAUGCAGCAGUUCCAUACAAAACUACGGAAUACUCAUAGACUUAGUCAUUAUGCAAGAUUACACUAUAGUCUUUUUCUGAAAGAUAGCGGAAUGCUCCUAGAAGAUGCUAUAAAUUAUUGGAAACAAGAAUAUUCCAAACCUCAUUCAUGCACAUCUAUUUGUUCACACCGUUGGCAAUCAAAUGAACGUAAAUUUGUGUAUAGCAUUAGACAUCUUUACGGUUUAGAAGGUUCUCGAAGAAACUAUAAAUCACCCAACUGUGAAUUUAUGUGUGCACAUGUUUCUGGACCAAUGUACGAAGGAGGAUGUCCAUUUAAAAAUUUUGACAUGAAUGCUCUUCAGAAACUUUUAUCCUUGUCAUUAUCAGAUGAUCAAGUAACAGAAUUAUUAAAUACUAUAUCACCUCAAACUCCUCAAAUUGCUUGUGGAGAAUUUUUGAAAAUGCUCAAUCAAAAAACUAACGAUAACGUUCUUAUCAACAGCCCGCUACAAUAUUACUUAACAAUGAUUAAACAAACUACGUGAUGUAUUAUUAAUUAAUAAUAAUAAAUAUUUCUAUUACAAAGACAAUUUUUAAUAAAUAAAAAUUAUGUACAUAUUAUCGUUAAAGUAUUAAACUAUUGAAGAAUGUCUCAUGUUUAUAAUUAUUGUCUAAACUCAAAACUAUUAAAAAUCUUUCAAAGCA